AUGGGAACACGUAACCUCACUCUCGUCUACUACAAAGGCGCGUGGCACAUCGCUCAGUACGGCCAAUGGGACGGCUACCCGGAGGGCCAAGGCCUCACCGUCCUCCGCUUCGUCGCGAAUCCCGAGAACGUUUCCAAGCUGAAGGCCGUCAUCGACGCCGGCAACAUGCUCUACGAACCCACGGAGGAGCAGGUCAUGGCCUGGCACGACGAAAGGGCCCGUGCCAAGAGGGAAUACUACAAUCAUCGGUCCCACGUCCUCAUCAGCAAAAUAGAGGAUCUCGAAAAGGAGGAGGCGAACGAGCCCAAAGUGGUCCCGUCCGUCAGCCGCGAUACGUGUGCCAAGAUCCUGGGCCUCGUUGCCAAUGCCACCGAGCCGGUCCCGAUCGUCAAAGAACUAUCGUUCAUCGGCGACACCCUCUUCUGCGAGUGGGCUUACGUGGUUGAUCUUGACGAGGGCGCUGUCGAGGUGUACGCUGGUCUCUACGACGCGCCGAACUUGAUCAAGGAGGGCGCGGAAACCCGCUUCGUGCAGGAUGAGAACUUCAAGGACUGCGAAGCUUUUCCGGAUCUGGUUGGCAAGUGGAUGCUCGACAAUCUUCCCAGUGAGCAUGAAUUCCUGGGCUGGUUCGAAAAGAGCGAAUGCCGUGAAAUUCUGGGCGGCUGUGAUGCUGGAGAGCACGAGAACUGA